CUUUAUUUUUUGUUUCAGAGAUGCGCUCCAGCAUCCAUUCGGCUAAUGGACAACGAGCAGUUUCAGUUUGGUCACGCACUCAAGCCACAAGUGUCCUCCAUAUUCACGUCAUUCUUGGACGGGUUGAAAAAAUUCUACAUCACAAAGUUUAAAGGAUUUGACCCGCACCACCUUUGUGUCGCUACACUGUUAUUUGAGGGGGAUCGUGGGAAGGUUUUGCAGCACGAGAAACAGGUUUACGACAUCGCAGCCAAGUUUGGGGGUCUGGCAGCAGGCGAGGAUAAUGGUCAGAGGGGUUACAUGCUGACGUUUGUCAUCGCGUAUCUGCGGGAUUUGGGAAUGGACUACUAUGUGAUCGGAGAGUCGUUUGAGACGUCUGUGCCGUGGGACAGGUAAAUGCUCAGUGCGAUGC